UUUCCCACCUGACCCGUUGCCGUUUGCUCGCCCUUCUUCCGAGGUUCCCUGCAGCUGCCCGUUCAGAAUAGUUCCAGAUGUGGCCAUGUUUAGUUUGAUCUUUGAAGUUUUCGCUCAUCGUCUCAUAACUGAUACAUUUUUAUACUAUCUGCUGACACAGUAAUACGCUCUGUCCGACCAUCGUACUUUUCGCCUGCCUGCGCCUAGUCUCGUUCAUAAUACACAUGUUCUUCUUUUGCUGAGAUAACUCUCGAACGCGGAAGUACACGAGAGAGACGUAAACGCUGUCAUCCAUCGGGAAGACAGAGGGACACCGCGAGUCAAAUCCGUGGACAUUUUAACAUUUUCUCGAUAAAUUUCCAAUCAUCAGUAACAGACGCGCGUCUGAGUAAAUUCGCAGUUGUUUCGUACGAUGAAACCAGAUCAAUUCGUCGUUCCCUUUCUCUCUCUCUCUCUUUCACUCUCUCUCUUUCUCCCAUAAAAUAUUGUAAAAUCAAAGAAAAAGAGAGCGCCGUUAUCAAAUUACUACGACAGACGGGAAUCGUCCGAGUGGAAGCUAACGCUUCGCAUUAUUCUUCGAAACUUCGACCAUAUAUCCGGAGGGAAUUGUUCCACUUUUUUUUCUUUCGCUUAUUGUCGCCAUUACAACUCACUGAAAGAGAGCAUACAUUCGCGCGUAUUUUCCUAUUCAAGCCCCGAUUUUCAUGCACUUCGCACGAGUUACAGUAACGGGUAAGAGAUAAAUCGAUACGCCUGCAGACUUAUCGCCAGUAGGCCGCCAUAUGCCACGUCAAGCCAGAAUGACGUUGCAAUGGCAAGAUUGCAACAUUUAACGAAAUUUAAUAGCGAAGAGAGGAGAGACACAGUGAAAUAAUCUCAUACUUCACCGAAUUGAAAAGAAGUGCAAUAAACGGACAAAAGAGAAAGUAUUUAGAUACAGAGAAAAGGCACAGAGCCUGUCCUUGUGUAUAUAGGCGUGAAGAAUAUUCGAAGCGGGAGAAAAAAAGACAGGGGCAUAGCCGAAAGCUGAGAAAAAGAGGUAGAAGAGAGGUUUACAAAAAAUUGGUACAGAAUUUGGAUUCGGUUGUUGCGCGCACGCGCGCCUUCUCGCCUUCCGGUGGACAAGAGAGAAAGAGAAACGGAGAGACACCGCGAAAACGAUUUGAUUCUGUAGGCUAAUUUGUGUCCUGUAAACGGUCGGGUACUUUUCCAAAUUUUCAAAUGCUAGAAUUCAGGCACGCGAUUAUCUCGCAAACAAAGAGCCAUCGAGUGUGGUCGCGUCAAUCGAUCGUAUGAUCAUCGUCGGGCCACAGUGCUAUAUCAUAUGGUACAAAACACGAUCGAUCGGGACAAAACAAUGGCAUUAGAGAGUGUUUCCGCGGCUGAGACUCUAAUCCAAAGUAAUAAUGAUAAUGACUUGGAAGAUGGAGAAAUUCCAUCUGAUGAAGACGAUGAGCCAGUACCACCACCAGUAAAAGAUGAUGAUGCCAUUAGAAAUGUGUCGAAAGCAGAUACAUCAAAGAAUAAAACCUUUGAUUCUAAGUUUAGUAAAAAUAAGAAAUCUAAUGUUCAAGGAAGCAGCAAACACGACAGAUUUUUAAAAUAUAAAAGUCCAACUGAAGAUUGGGCUGGAGAUGUUGAGAAAGCUAUUAGGGCAGCUUUGGAAGAAGAUGGUGCUAGAAACCAAGAUUCUAAGUCUAAGAGUAAAAAUAAUAGAAAUAAGAGUAGAAAAAGGAUCCGUGAUGAAAGGGAGGAAGAUCGUAGCAAGGAUCAAAAGAGACGAAAAGUGAGUGAUGAUGAAAACGCUAACGAUGAUGAAGAUGAGAUGUUAUUUGUUAGAGGUGCUUCACCUGUUAGAAAAGAUGCACAAGAAAACAGCUCUCCAAGACAUACUAAUGAUCAUGAAAAUUUUGAUAGUAAUUCAGAUUAUGAUGACAGGCCUAAUGUAAAUCGACAUAGGGAUAAUGAUAAUAAGCGUGGGAAUACAAGAGGAGGUGGUGGGGGAGGUCGGCGAGGUGGUAAAAACGAAAGAGGUGGUAAAAAUAAAGCUCGAGGACAAAUGAGGAAUGAUAGAAAUGGUCGAAGAAACCAAAAUAAUGAUCACACUCAAGAUCCAGAUGCUAUAUGUGUUUAUUAUAUGCAAGGAAAAUGUCACAGAGGAGAUGAUUGCCCUUUCUCACACAAUGCAUUACCACCUAGAAAAAUGGAAUUGUGUAAAUUUUAUCUUAUGGAUUGUUGUGCAAAGAGAGACAAAUGUCUGUACAUGCAUCACGACUUUCCAUGUAAAUUUUUUCACAUUGGGCUAAAAUGCAAUCAAGGAGAAAACUGUAAAUUUUCUCAUCAACCAUUAAGUGAACAGGUAAAAGGAAUAUUGUUAAAACAUUUAGAAACGGCACCAAAGGAAAUUCUUGGGGAUUUUCCACGUUUAAGUAGAGAAGGAGCAAUGUUAAUGAUAAAUAAUACAGCAAGAACACUAUCGCAGGGUCAGGAUGUGAUGAACCAAAAAAUUCCAAGCCUUUUUGAUUUAAACGUGCCUGCACCUACUAGUAUUACAGAUAAAAAUAAUGAGAAAGAGGAGAAAGAAGAUCAAACAUCACAGCAGAAAAGUGUUAGAGAAAGGAAACCAUCUGGUAAGAAAACUCGAUGGGGUUCAGAUGAAGAUAGAGUUCCAUAUGAACAAAUUAUGCUACUGCAAUCAGCCAAUGAAUUUGGUUUACAAAUCCCAAAUGCUGCAUUGGGUUUAGCAACUCAGCAGCAACUACAUCCAAAACCACUGAUUCCACAAUCCAUGCCAAAUAUGGACUUCUAUACCGAAGCUAAUUCUGACAUGAACAAAAUUAAUUCAAACAAACGAGACAGAGAAGAUUUUACAAAAGACGUAGAGGAGGAUGAAAUUUUGGAGCAGGCAAAGAAGAAAGAUUCUUCAAUACUUGAAAAUUCGAAAGAUAUAGAUUUAAGGCAACUGUUGAAAACUUCAAAGAAGCCUCCACCUGUUGUUAGUAUAGCUGAUAAAGUAGCAAAUCUUACUAAAUCUAAAUUUGACGAAGAGAGUGACCACGACGAAGAAUCCGAUCUUGUUAUAGAAGUGCCGAUUGAAGAGGAAGAUAAACAGAAAGAAAAAAGUUCAGAUCAAGAAGGAACGUGUAUCUCAAGCGAACAAAGCAACAAUAAUAAUACUACUUCGCCUCAUGCGGAGGAACAGGAAGUACCAUCUCACUUACCGAAGAAAGCACAGGAAUUAUUCAUGCGUAUUCAACAACAGCAGCGUGCAGCACAAGACAGUUUCAAGAAUAUGGAGAAUGAGUGUCCCACAGAGAAAACAGAUAAAAUUCUAGAAGACUGGUAUUCUGAUGAUGAGGAUGAUGAUGAUGAUGAUGAUGAUGAUGAUGAUGAUGAGGAGGGUGGAAAUCUUACGAUAGUACUUUCCAAUAAGGACUCGUUGAAAGAGGAAAAUGAAUUCUCAGAGAAAACAUCAAAUAUUGUUGUAAAAGAGGAGUUCCAACCGGCAGCCUUGACGCCUAGCAUACCUCAACCAGCAGCCAUUGUAGACAAGCUUGGCGACUUAAGUAAGAUUGAUAUCAGUGCUGAAGUAUCAAAAUUAUUAUCAUCUAUUAAAGCGCGUGGUUCACCUGGUGGAAAAUCCAGCCAACAAAGUGCUAAUGGUCAGGAAUACCUUUCAAAAAUCAAAUCCUCGCCGGACAGAGUAUCAUCAGAUGAAUCUAGCGGCCAAAACAAAAGUGUAUUUGGCGCUCCAAGUCAAGUAAUAAAAAUUGAACAUGAAACUUCGAGUCCACGAUCUUCUCCCGGAACAAGUUCUGCACCUGUCUCUAGGGACCCUCGUAUGUCUCGAGAUCCUAGACAGCGUAGAGACGAACAAAAGCCAAGCAGUCCCAGCAGAACAGAGUGCAAAAAAGAGAGUAAACCUCUUAGACUAGAAACAAGUAUCUAUAGUUCUGGUAUCACUGCAGUGGAUACUAAUAUGGACACAGACCUCCGUACUAAGACGGAUCAAGAUCUUAGAAGGAAAGAUAUGGAUUUCAGACAACGAUUUCAGACUGGUUUUGGUGAUACUGAUCUACGAGUUGUCGGAGCGGGUUUUACGGAUGCGUCCACCAAAUCCGAUGUCGAUCUGCGGCAAAUGUUAAGUUUACCAUUUAAGCCAGCACCGUCUCAUGUACCUUGCACAGAAAUAGAUGCUACUAUUUCGUCACACCCUCCAAUGGUAUACAAAGUGUAUGUCGUGGACAUACCAAGACCGGAUUAUACAGGUCUGAAGCUUACUAAAAAUGACGCCCAAGUGAAAUACGAUCCACGUUUAAGAAAAAUAUUUAGAAUCGGUAAGGUUGAACUAGCUGAUUCUCCUAUGUCUCCGCCCCCGGUAAAGCCGGACACUCCAAAGUCACCCCCGCAAGUCCGAUCUGAUCCGCGACGAAAAGCUCUCGAGGCUUCCAAUUUAUCUUCUCAAAACGUUAAUGCUUCCAUGAUGAAAACUGUACCACAACCAUCAAUGGAAAUGCCCAACAUGGGAAUGGGUCCUGCUGGUAUGUCUGUGCCUCCAACUAUGCCUGGCCCACAAGGUAUGCAAGCAGGACAGAACAUGAUGCCCAUGGGCCCAAAUCCGAUGCUUGGAAACAUGGGCCCAAUGGGACCCAUAAUGAAUGCACCACCCAUGGGUCCGCAAAAUAUGCCACCGAUGGGCAUGACAGGUAUAUCGAACAUGCCUCCAGGAAUGCCUAUCAAUGGACCUGUUGUACCUCAAAAUCAAAUGAACUUUGAUCCACGUUUUAAUGUUCAACGUAACAAUGGAGCUGGUCUAUUGGGUCCAGCACCUGGUUUCGGGCCGGAGGUCAAUCCUCCUUAUGAUGGUGCAGCCUCUUAUUCUGGUGGUAACUUUAAUAACUUUGGUCCCGGUCCUGGCCCUGGCCCAGUACCUCCGGAUUCUGCUAUGAUGGGAUUUAAUCCGAAUGGUCCGAAUCCAAAUUUUGGCAUGGACGGAUCAGAGUGGAACGGAACAAACCAAAACAGACGCGGUGGUCGAAUCAGACGACGAAAUCGUAACAGGACCAAUAUCGUGACUAAUAAUUAAAGCAAUAAAUAAUAUCGAGUAGGUACAUAAUCAAAGUACCUGGUGAUAAUUCUCAUUCUAAUUUAAAUUUGUACAGCAUGCAUUGCCGAUGCAAUGCAUUCCUUUACGGCGGUCCAGAUUAUUUGUCUUGAUCUUGUCAAUUGUAAAUGGUGUCAAAUGCUCGUUAGGUGAUUUAAAUAACAAAAUAUGAAUCUAAGAUAAUCGAAAAAUUAAUGAAAAAGAAGUUGUAAAUGACUAUAUAUUCACGCAUUUGUUAAGUACGCAUGAACGAUGUGAAUAAUGCUCAUAAUCACGCGACAUUCUAUAUUUUAUUUAAAAAUAUAGAUCAUACUCUACAUGAGAAAUAUUGUAUACAGGAUACAUUUGUUAGAUUACUGGUUAUAGGAAAUGUUUCGUUGAAGAGACGUAUCUGUAUAUAUUGAACAUCAUCAUCCAUUUGAAAAGACAUUUAAUACAUAAGAUGGCGACAAGUUGAAGAUCAUUUAAUUAUACAAAUUGAUUUAUAUUUUUUUUUAUGUCUUCCAUGUAUAGUACAUAAACAGUAAUGCACCAUAUUAUGAUUCAUGUGCUCACUAUAGUCUUGGAUUUCUAGAAUAGCAUACAAAUUUUCGUAAAUUACGUUGUAACAAAAUGAAUACAAGUUGUCAAUCAUUAAACGGCUCAAAGCCUCGAUAAAAAUUGAAAAAUCAAUGAGAUAACAGUACAUUAAUCAGUACGAAAUUGCAAUAUUCUGUAAAAAUUGAUGUAUUUGUAAGAAUUUUGAAAACAGUUGUACAUGGACAUACUUUUUUACUUGCAUAAGUAUUAAAGGGUUAUAGAUGGGUAUAAAGGAAUCUUUCCUUUUCGAACUUUUGUAGACAUUGGAACUGAAGAUUGCUGGAUAGUAAUGACGUCUGUAAUAAUCUAGGUUUUACAUUACUAGCAAAGAAUACCCAGUAAUUACAUUUGUCAGUUUUGUGGUACUUCUGUACGUUCCACAUCAACGCUAAACACGUUUAUCUGCUAAAAUGCAGAUUAAGAGUACUUCCUCUUUGAAAAAUAAUAUUAGUCACAAAUUAUAUUUAAAUUCAAAGAAUUGUUCAUUCAUUGUCCGAUGUUAACCUACCAAUUAUAAUAAUUUUCUUUAUCAUUAUUAUUAUCAUUAUUAAUGUGAAACCAUAAAGUAAAUUACAUUUGUAAAAAAAAUAAAGUUUACUAUUAUAUAGUAAAA